UGCCGUGUCCAGUCCCUCUGAUGUCCACCCAGGGCCGCCUUCACCACCCACGCUGCCUCUCAAAGGGGCGGCAGAGGGCUGGCCAUCAGGGCCAAGACACCAGCGGGCCUGGCCUGACCUGGGAGACAGAGGACCCAGACACUGGAGGGACACCCACAUACUCACACCAGCUGCUAUUGGAAGCAUGGCUGGCAGCUGGGAUCCCUGUAGCCCAGACGGUGGGAGCCGAGGGUCCCGCCCCGGGACUCGGACACGUGGCUUUGGAACCCUCCUGGCCGCGGGGUUUGAGAAGGACUGCUUCAGUUUCUCCUGGAGGAUCCCGGAGUCUACAUGGAAGGACCUGUGACAGCCACAGAGCAGGCCCUGCUAGGAGAUUCUCUCUGCUGCUUGGGGACCCUCCCUGGAUCUUCCAGAGGCUGCCUCCCCUCAAUUCUCAGAACCCAGAGGCUGAGGGCCGAGCCCAGCACGAGCUGAGUGUGGACGGAGGCGACAGCAUGUGCUUAACGAAUACGAGCCAUGACUGCAGCACGCAUCAGCUGGCAUAUGGCCUGAACCCAGCUGGCACGCGGGAGCCCUGGCACACGGCCUCAGAGAGAGGAGGUGAAAUGUGCACGCAGGAGGCUUUCGGGGCACAGAGAAGCCAGCUGGUGGAGCUGCUGGUCUCGGGGUCCCUGGAGGGCUUUGAGAGCGUCCUGGACUGGCUCCUGUCCUGGGAAGUCCUGUCUUGGGAGGACUACGAGGGCCUCAGCCUUCCCGGCCAGCCCCUCUCCCACUUGGCCCGGCGCCUCCUGGACACGGUCUGGAGUAAAGGUGCUUGGGGCUGUGAGCAGCUCGUCGCGGCUUUGCAGGAAGUGCAGGCCGACAGGCAGUCCCCAAAGUCGCAUGGCCACUGGGACCCCCACUCACCCCACCCAGCCCGGGACCUGCGGUGUUGCCGGCCAGCCAUUGUCAGGAGACUCUACGGCCACGUGGAGGGCGUGUUGGAGUUGGCGCAGGCGCGCGGUUUCAUCAGCCCGUACGAAUGUGACGAAAUCAGGUUGCCCGUCUUCACGUCAUCCCAGCGGGCAAGAAGGCUCCUGGAUCUGGCCACGGUGAAGGCCAACGGGCUGGCUGCUUUCCUCCUCCAGCACGUUCUGGAGUUGCCGGUCCCGCCGACCCUACCUUUCGAAGACGCCACCGCGUGUAAGAAGUACAUCUCCAAGCUGAGGACCACGGUCUCUGCUCAGUCUCGCUUCCUGAGCACCUACGAUGGAGCAGAGAAUCUUUGCCUGGAGGAAAUAUACACGGAGAAUGUUCUGGAGAUCCGGACAGAAGUGGGCAUGGCCGGAUCCCCACAGCAGAGCCCUGCCACCCUGGGCCUGGAGGGGCUCUUUGGCACCGGUGGCCACCUCAAUGAGGAUGCGGACACCGUGCUGGUGGUGGGCGAGGCGGGCAGCGGCAAGACCACCCUCCUGCAGCAGCUGCACUUGCUCUGGGCUGCAGGGCGGGACUUCCAGGAGUUUCUCUUCGUCUUCCCGUUCAGCUGCCGGCAGCUGCAGUGCUCGGCAAAACCCCUGUCCGUGCGAACGCUGCUCUUUGAACACUGCUGUUGGCCUGACCUUGGCCAACAAGACGUCUUCCAGUUCCUCCUUGACCACCCCGACCGAGUCCUCUUAACCUUCGACGGCUUUGACGAGUUCAGGUUCCGGUUCACGGAUCGCGAGCGGCACUGCUCUCCGACGGACCCCACGUCUGUCCAGAAUCUGCUCUUCAACCUUCUUCAGGGCAACCUGUUAAAGAAUGCCCGCAAGGUGCUGACCAGCCGCCCGGACGCGGUGUCCCCGCUCCUCCGGAAGUAUGUGCGCACGGAGCUGCACCUCAAGGGCUUCUCCGAAGACGGGAUCGAACUGUACCUGAGGAAGUGCCACCGGGGGCCGGGCGUGGCCGACCGCCUGGUCCGCCUGCUCAGAGAAACCUCGACCCUCCACGGUUUGUGCCACCUUCCUGUCUUUGCGUGGAUGGUGUCCAGAUGCCACCAGGAACUGUUGCUGCAGGGUGGGGGGCCCCCGAAGACCACCACGGGCAUGUACCUGCUGUUCCUGCAGCGUUUCCUGCUGCACGCCUCCCCGCCAGACUCGGCCCGCCGAGAGCUGGGGCCCAGCCUGCUCAGAGGCAGGCUCUCCACCCUCCUGCACCUCGGCCGCCUGGCUCUCUGGGGCCUGGGCAGGAGCUGCUACGUGUUCUCGGCCAAGCAGCUCCAGGCAGCAGGUGUGGACGAGGAGGACAUUUCUCUUGGCUUCCUGGUGCAUACCCAGGGGGCUGCGUCCGGGGGCACGCCCCUGCUGGAGUUCUUGCACAUCACUUUCCAGUGCUUUUUUGCCGCGUUCUACCUGGCGCUCGGUGCCGACGUGAUGCCACCCUCGCUCAGACACCUGUUCAGUUGUGCUCGGACGGGGAGCUCUCGGCUGGCCAGGCUGCUGCCCGUGCUGUGCGUGCAGGGCCCGCGGAGCAGGGAGGGCGGUGUGGAGGCUUUGCUGCGGGAGGCCGAGCCGCACAACCUCCAGAUCACGGCGGCCUUCCUGGCAGGGCUGCUGUCCCAGGAGCACCGGGGCCUGCUGGCUGAGUGCCAGGUGUCCGAGAAGGCGCUCCUGCAGCGCCAGGCCUGCGCCCGCCGGUGUCUGGCCCGCAGCCUCCGGAAGCACUUCCACUCCAUCCCGCCGGCCCUGCCGGGGGAGGCCAAGAGCAUGCACGCCCUGCCCGGGUUCUUGUGGCUCAUCCGGAGUCUGUACGAGCUGCAGGAGGAGCGGCUGGCGCGGGAGGCCGUGCGCGGGUUCCGCGUGGAGCACCUCAAGCUGACGUUCUGCGGCGUGGGCCCCGCCGAGUGCGCCGCUCUGGCCUUCGUGCUGCGGCACCUCCGGCGGCCUGUGGCCUUGCAGCUGGACCACAACUCCCUGGGCGACGCUGGGGUGGAGCAGCUGCUGCCUGGCCUCAGCAUCUUCAAGGCCCUUUACCUGCGAGAUAAUAAUAUCUCAGACCGAGGCUUUUGCAAGCUCGUCGAACAUGCUCUUCACUGUGAGGCGCUGCAGAAGUUAGCUUUAUUCAACAACAAGCUGACCGACGGCUGCACCCAGUCCCUGGCCAGGCUCCUCGAGUGCCGGCAGAACUUCUUGGCGUUGAGGCUGGGGAACAACCACAUCACCUCCGCGGGAGCCCAGGUGCUGGCCCGAGGGCUCAGGGCCAACACCUCCCUGCAGUUUCUCGGGUUCUGGGGCAACAAGGUGGGUGACACAGGGGCGCAGGCCUUGGCGGAAGCCUUGGGCGACCACCAGAGCUUGAGGUGGCUCAGCUUGGUGGGGAACGACAUUGGCAGUGAGGGUGCAAAGGCCUUAGCGCUGAUGUUGGAGAAGAACGUGGCACUGGAAGAACUCUGCCUGGAGGAGAACCAUCUCCAAGAUGAAGGUGUGUGCUCUCUCGCUGAAGGACUUGUGAGAAAUUCAAGUUUGAAAGUCCUCAAGCUGUCCAACAACUGCAUCACCCACCUUGGGGCACAAGCCCUCCUGCAGGCCCUUGAAAGGAACAACACGAUCCUGGAAGUCUGGCUCCGAGGAAACACUUUCUCCCCGGAGGAAAUCGAGCAGCUCAGCCAGAGGGACACCAGACUCCUGCUGUGAGGUCUCCGGCCGACCUGCGUCUCAGGUUGCGUGUGAGCCCUGGGUUUGCAUCCCAGAAGCUGAUUACGUUUGGCAGCAGCUCGUUCAGACGGAGCCUUGUCCUGUGUGGGGUCCACUUGGGAGGUCACCUUUGUCCUGGCAGAGAAGGACCAGCAGUGUCCUUCAGCAUGGACGUUUCCAAAGCCUACUCUGGCCAUCAAGCUGUCCCCACAAUGCAGCCCACGGGCCGUAGAAGAGGAGCAGCUGCCCCAUGUCACAGGGCCAGCCCCCUGCUGAUGGGACCUGUCACUGAGCCCUUGAAGGUUACUGAGUGCCUGUCAGCCGGCGUGGGGACCUGGAUCCAUGUGACAGGCCCCGUUCCGUGCCUCUCGCAGUGAGGGUGGGUGGGUGUCCAGGAAGAAACUUCCUGCUGCGUUUUGCUCAUGCGCCAGCCACCCCGCUGCUGCCCGCAUCUGGUUCCAGCGCUCCUCCCAGACCCGGUGGCAAACAGCAUUUCCUCUGUGCCUGCGGGUUGCGAAUGAGUGUCAGUGUUCUCCGCUUUGAUACACUUCCCCCUCCCACCCCACCAUGGGAGAGGCUACCAUGUACCCUGCUUUCCUCUCUGGUCCUUAGGGCAUUAUUGGGAGGUGACACAUGGCAGCCAUUGAGUCCUUGAGGUGGUCUAGAUUGGCAAGAAGAAGAUGACCACGUGACAGCUGGUCACCCAGGUGGACUCUUAUUUCCAGUUAAGUCAAUUACGCUUCAGUCAAGCCUUCGGAAUCAACUCUCCACGCAAACGCAGCUUUGAAAACAGGGUCUGCGCCAGGCGUUUGCACGGCCCCAUGAGCUCUCCGGCAGAUGCCAUGAACUGAACUCUGAGAGCAGACUUCCAAAAUAUAUCCCCAAGAGGCAGUUCCGGUUUGUUUGUGCCAGAAUGCUUUAGGAUAUAAAGUUGUGGAUCCAAAGGUUACAGGGCAAAACUCAAAGGCCCUUCCUUAGCAAGCAGAUGUUUUCUGGAUUUUUCAGAGGGAUGCCUGUGUAGCCUUGGUAAAAUGCUACACACGUGUUAUUAUUGUAGACAUUGCUAUCUGUGAAAACUGGUUUAUAUUUAUCA